UGAUGAUCCGAGCCCCUCCCAGCUGUCACUGGGUCAGCUGAUCCAGGCUUAUAUAACUUUUAAUGUAAAGUAGUUUUAUUUCCUGCUGCAGCUGAGAAGGAACAGAUCCUGCUUUUCCAUUGGCUGUGCUUUGCAUGUACAUCACAGGUGUUACUGAAACAGAGUGAAUCCAGCAGCUCUGUGUUUGAUCCUCCAUCAGCUCUUCACUGUAAUCCAGAUCUCCUAACAUGAUGCUCUGCUCCGGACUCAGCAGCACACUGUGUGAGUACAACACACUGAUAAUCCUUUAUUUAGACAUGAAAUCAGCUGCACAUGUUCAGUCUAAUCCUUUUCUAGCUUUCCACUGUGCUGUACUGUGACAUGCUUUUCUUUCUGCUUUAUUGGAUCAGUUCAUCUAACAUCCUAAAUACAUGUUUGCAUCACCUCAGCAGGACAGUUAGGCUUCACAGAGUCCUGAGAGCAAUUCAUGGCUGAUCAUUUACUUUGAAGAGUUGAAGUCAAACUGUCAACACAAAUAAGUUUAUUGACAAAAGUUGGAAAGAUGAAGAGAAUAAAUGUGUCAUUGAAAUCUGCUGUUUAGAAAGAGUUUUCCAAGAAUCCAGGUGUGAAUGAAAGCAGCAGCUUUCUCCUGUUUGCUUUUCAUUUCUGUUUCAUGUUUUGAGGUGAAUUCAACUUGAUAUCAAACACACAGUCUGACACUGAGCUUUCUUUCUGUCUCUUUCAGUGCUGGCAGCAACCUGUUCACUCAUCACUUCAGGGUCCCGCAUAUCCACAGGGAGAGUGGUCACCUCUAAUGGCCUCAGUGUCCAACACCUGAGCUGCGUGCGUGGAAUGAUCAUUGUGCAGUCAGCUGGGUACAGAUGUGGAGAUAAAGCAAUCUGCCCUCAGAGUGACACUCUGGACAACGUCAGGAACAGCUGUGAUGGAAAAACCAAGUGUGACAUAAAGUCAAACAUUACUUAUGAUCCUGGAGUCUGCAAAUACCUGGAGACCACCUACGCCUGCUUCACACGCCACAGUGUAACAUGUGGAGGAUCUCAGUCAAACCUUCAGUGUGAUGAAGGACAGGUUAUAGUCGUCUCCUGGGCGAAUUAUGGUCGCCGUGACAAAACCACGUGCCCUGAUGGACGUUCUGAUUCUGAGCUCCAAAAUGUUAAAUGCUCCUGGUCCGCAAGCAUGGAAUAUUUUACUAAAAUGUGUAACUGGCAGAACAGCUGUACUGUUGAAGCACCAAGCUUAGUAGACCCAUGUCAUGGCACCUACGAGUACCUGGAGGUGUUUUUCACUUGUCAGGAUGCUUCCUGCCCUUCUGGUUGGACUUGGUUUGGAGGUCGCUGUUUCAUCGUUAACAGCAGCUUGAAGACCUGGACUGAUGCUGAGAGUUCCUGUCAGACACUCGGUGGAAAUCUGGCCUCAUUCCACAGCACAGCUGAGUACACCUUCAUCAGAGAGCUCAUUUACACAGCAGCAGGGUCGUAUCCAACAGCUUGGGUUGGAGGCAACGACAGAGAGAAUGAAACUAUGUGGAUGUGGAGUGAUGGUUCCCAGUUUGACUUCCCAAACUGGGCCAAAGGAGAGCCAAAUGAUUAUAAAGGAAGAGAAGAUUGUAUGACGAUAAACAAUGGAGGACAGGAUUAUGUCAACGAUGCCUGGUGUAACACCAACACACCUUUUGUUUGUGUCAGAGAUCCGUAACUGCUUCUUCGUGUGCUGACAGAUCUGAAUUGAUGAUGUCACUUCCAUCACUGCUGGUGGAUGUAUUGACAAAUAUGGUUUCAUAUAACAUGUCAAAGAGAUUGACAUCCCCCAGCUUAUCUCCAUCCAAGAGUGAAAUAACGGACAACUAUCCAGCCUUUAUAACAAUAUAGCUAUAACAAUAUAUCUAUAUGUGAUUCUGCUAAUAGUUCAUUAUAUAUAAACUUCUAAUCAAAUAUGAGUAUAAUCAAUAUAAUAUAUGAGAAAUGAAACUUCCGUAAUGCUUGAACUUUGCCCUGGUUUGUGCUGCAGGGGCUGAUCUAGAGAAAUUUACUUAAGAAGGCAAAAUCAAAGCCAUUUCUUUUCACAUAUCCAUCUGCAUUCUGUAAUAUCUAUUAAAUAUGUUUAAAAUACAUAAAAUGGAGUAAGUAUGAAUUUGUUUUAUAUAAGCAUACUCUUUAAAUUUCUUAUUUAACCCUAUCUAACCCUAUUUAUCCCACAUAAUUAAAUAUUACAGUCAAAUAAAACAUUUUUCAUGUGCUGUACAGCCUGUAAAAUGAAUAAUUAUGUGCCUUAAGUAUAAAAUCUAGGAAGCUACAUACUAGCAACGUACAGUCUGCAUUGUCAUGAACACAUUUUUCACCAAAAAUUUAAACCUUACUUUUCAUGAUUUAUUGGUAGAACUGGCUGUUUUUCACUACUUUGACUCCACCUGUAUGUGGUAAAAUGGUAAAUGGCCUGUA